AUGAUUAAAGUAGAAUCUUUAGUAUGGACACUCUUCCUAAGAAAUAGCUAUCGUCAUUUACCAAAAUUUGCAAAUACAUCAAGUUGUUCAAUAUAUUUUAGUUAUGAAUGGAACGAAUUUUAUGCAAGAGAUCUUUCAAAUACGCCAUACGAAAACAAUAGUUCAAAACUUUCACCAGGUGAUCAAAAUUACUACGUAAAGAGUUGCCUCUUUUCCGAAAAUAUUAACUCAGGUGCCAUUAAUUUUACGACUAAACAAGAUACAACAAAACUAUUAGUUGACGAAACGCAAUUUUUAAAUUGUAGUAACUCCGGUCAAGGAGGAAGUUUAUACUUCUCGAGCGAAGGCGAAUGCGUCCAAGAUCGAAUAAUAAGUGACUCAUCAAAAGUAACAACAACAUAUACUUAUGGAGUUUAUUGUUAUUCAGAUGUUUCAGAUAAAGAAUCAUUCCAAAACAAAAUUCUUUCGUCUUCAAUCACUAAAAGUGGAGAAAAUAACUUAGGAGAUGUAAAUAUUUACCUAAAAAAUGGAAAAAUUAAUUUCACUAAUUCAAAUAUUUCUCAUUCAAAAUGCAAAGGAAUUAGUGUUUCUUGUUUUGAAAGUUAUUUAUCUGAUUCAAAAGUUUUAUUUUCUAUAUUUUAUGAUAAUAAAGAUAAACCUCCAAGUGAUGCUGCCUCUGUUUACCUUUUUUAUUCACCAUCAUCAACUAUUCUAUUCGAAGCAACAAAUUUCCAAAAUAUUACUGAUUUUUGUUUAGUUUAUGCAUAUAAAUCUCCAACAAAUUUAACAAAUUGUUGUUUCUCAAAUAACAAAAUUUCUCAAUAUUAUUUCUAUGGAGAUAGUGCCAAAAUUACAGUUGAUAGAUGUUUCAUUGAUGAGGUAGAUCCAAAAACAACAUAUACAGUUGAAAUAACUAACAGAAUCCAAUAUUUAUCUAACAUUGAUGUUUGUGAAAUAUCCUAUGCACUCGGAUAUCAAAAUAUAAAUAAAUUUAACAAAGAAUAUUUUGAAAAUAUUGAGAAAGCUCGAAAAUAUAUUAACUUUUCAAAUAUUUCUACAAAUUUCAUAAACUUCACAUUAAACACAUAA